UCAAUUGAAAAUUUUAUUUUUGUUUAAAUUCUAAUCGGAAAAGAUGUCAGGGAGAGGAAAGGGCGGCAAGGGUUUGGGGAAGGGCGGAGCAAAGCGACACAGGAAGGUGCUGAGGGACAACAUCCAGGGCAUCACGAAGCCGGCGAUCCGCCGCCUCGCGCGGCGCGGCGGCGUGAAGCGCAUCAGCGGCCUCAUCUACGAGGAGACGCGCGGCGUUCUGAAGAUAUUUUUGGAGAACGUGAUCCGCGACGCCGUCACCUACACCGAGCACGCCCGCCGGAAGACUGUCACCGCCAUGGAUGUUGUUUACGCGCUCAAGAGGCAGGGCCGCACUCUGUACGGUUUCGGAGGUUAAGUUUUUUUUUUUUUCUAGGGUUAGGGUUUGUGGAUUUUGGAAUGUGUAUAUGUUGGAUGAACAAUUAGUGUUUGGGAGAUUUGAUUUCUGUUGUUUUAGAUUUUCGUUGUGGAUCUUUUGUUUUGGAUUAGGAUUUGUUCAUCAGUAUCUUUUGUUGGAAUGAAAUCUGGAUUAGUUGAAAUUUUUGGCUUCAAUAUUUUU